AUGGAUACCGGAGAGACACAGUCUCGUAAUACUCCGGAUGAAACUGCGAAAGUAAUAAAAGCUGUAGCAGAGAUACACCAGGUUCCUUCCACAAGUGUGGAGGAGAAAAGCACUUCAGCUUCUGGUGUAAAUGUAGCGGAGCAAGCGGUUCCUUUAAUUCCGCCAUGGGCCGACGUUUGGAAGAUCAUGAUUAGCAUCAUGGCGGAACAGAGGCUUCAAAAUGAAGCUAUGGAGAAGACGCUAUUGGCUAUGGAGGGUUCUUUCAGGAAGAACACACCUAAUGAGGUGAAAGAGUACAUGGCUGAAGCAAAGGAAAUCUCGGCCGGAGUCAGAAGCGCAGGCCUCGCUCUCCGGUCAUCAGUAGAUAGGCUUCAAAAAACUUUGCAGCCAAUGCAGUACCGAAGUGUAGGUCAAAUGGCACGUUCCAAAACGCCAUCGACCACUCCGAAACAAAAGGGAGGACCAAAGUCUUCUUCUGCUAAAAGCAAGAAGAGAGGUGCCUCAACAUCCCCAGAGGACCGGCAGAGUAAAAAACCGGCCUCUACGCUAAUACAGAACGAGGAAAAGGUAAAUUCUGUCACGCCGUCAAAGGAAGACACUCCUGACCACUGGAGUGCUGUAGUCUCUAGGAAGGAGAGGCGGAAAAAUAAAUUCGCGAAGGACGAAGCAAAGGAAUUCUCGAGUGGUCAGGGGAAAAAAAAGAGAAGAAAGACCGACGCCAUUAGGGUGUCGAUGGAAAACGGUAAGGCUCCUCCAAAGGAACUUAUAGCAGAGCUUUUCGCCACGGUCAACCCCGCUGAAACGAAAACUGAGGUUCUGUCCAUUCGAAGAACCGAGAAGCAGGAUUUGCUAUUCGUUCUUAAAAGGGGACAGGAUUUCUCGACCUUCAGCGGGAAGGUGACCGAGGCUCUCAAAGGAAAGGCGAGGGUUUCUCCUCUGGUGACAAAGAGAUCACUAGAGGUUAGAGACUUGGACGAGACAACAGAGAUCCAGGAUGUCACCAACGCCUUAAAAAAGGCUUUGGGCAGGACCGACCUGGAGAUCUCCUGCAGACUUAUCACCCUGCGUGGAGCGGUGAAGAUGGCAGUAGUCCAACUGCCAGAAGCAGACGCUGAUGUUCUGCUUGAGGCUGGUAAGGUACCGGUAGGUUGGAUAAACUGUAGGAUCCGCAGCAGGGUGGAAGUGGAAAGAUGCCAUAAAUGCCUUAGUUAUGGGCAUAUCGCAAGGGUCUGCAGAGGACCCGAUAGGAGUAAAGCUUGCUGGAAGUGUGGCUCCUUAGACCAUUCCCACAAGAAUUGUGCAGGGGAAUCCCAUUGCACAACUUGUGAGGACAAAGGGAUAAAGGAGACAAAGCACGCUCCAGGAAGCGGGUCCUGCCCCGUCUAUAGGGAGGAACUGAAGAAGCUGAAGCAGAAGAGGUAA